CUCAUAAAUUCUGUCAGACCUCCCAAAACUGCCCUUUUUGAUCAGCGCAUCAGCUCUGCUACCUCGAAGGUUGAAGUCAUCACAUCUUAUCAGCAUCCACUGAAUGCACAGUCAAUCAACCGUGUAUCUCAGUGUAUACCAUCUAUACCAACACCACUGAUGUUGCUUGACCUCAAAGUCAAUUCAGCAUGUACCCUUGGGAUCCACAAAAGGCCGGAAAGGCAAAUGAGAAAGAUGAGAAAGCUGGCACGUUACAGCUGCGAGGCUGUUCGCACCAAAGUGAAGAGAUUUGCACCCUGGCACCAGAAAAUAGAAGAUAAGUUCAAAUUCACUUUCAAAUACAAGUUAUAUAAAUUUAAAAAAUCAACCCAGAUCAGCACCUUUACUAGCAAAAAAGCGCAACAAUUAUAUUUUGGAAAUCUUUUACAAAAAUCAUUUGCAAAUGGCAAAAAGUUUGAAUUCAAACUUAAAGAAGCUGAAAACUCUACCCAUAAAAAUGGCCAUAAUAAUCUUCUUGUAUCCAAAAAUAGUCACUUCCUCAAAAGAAAGUUGUCGUUUCCAGAUGAUCUUGCUGUUAAACCAAAAAGAAAUCCUGCCUAUCCAAACUCUAUCAAUCCUUUCCAUUCAAAGAUUCCCCACAUACCUGGUAAUCAAAUUAUUUUUUUCUCUGAAGUUCAAAUUUUCAAUACACACAUUUUUUCCGAGAUGUUGACAGCAGCCGAAGCAAAACAUCGAAAUAAAAUUCUACCAAAUUCACACCACAACAAACGUAAUACUUGUAGUACGGAAGAGCAGCAAAAAAUGAAGCUGUUUAAGGAUGAAAGUGAAUCGAUUUGUCAACAGAAUAAAAAGGAAGAGAAAUUUUAUCAUUCAAUCAAAGAAAUGCAGAAAACAAUUCCAAGUGUUGAUGCAAACAGAUUUUUUCCAUUUCUGAAAGAAUACCUUCAGAGUAAUGAACAAAAGCAGUAUGCAUUUGCUAUUGUUGUCAUGAAACAUAGUAAAAAUAUCAUUGUAUCUCCAGCAUUUAGGCCAGAUUCUAAAACCCCAAAAACCCAGAAAACAAGAAAACAUAGUGAACCUUAUUUAUGUGAAGCUUUUGAACCUUUUUUGCAACAAAAUGGAAAUUUAGUGGAGACUAUUCUGAUUUAUACAUUCAACAGUCCAUGUUUAGGUUGUACUUCUCUACUUCUCGAAAAAGCUUAUCUCUGGCGCUGUAAAUAUGGAUUUUCCACAACUGUAGCAUUCACACAAUUUUACGGAUUAAGUGGACAAAAUUGUUUCCAAACUCUCACCUACUCAUCUACCAACAUGUUAGGUCCAUGCGGUGUGUUUUAUGAAGACAGUCAAAGAUGUAAGUGUGAUCCCUUCAAACUGAAGUCUUUCACAGUCACACGUAAAAUCUUCCAAAAUAUCAGGAAACUUAGUGAAAAAGAAAAAAAAGAGAGCUGCCGUAAGAAAAUUGAAUCUUAUGUGUCUGUGCUGAAAACACUGGCAAAAAACUCCUUUUGUUCACGUGAAACACAUUUACAACGUGGUGAAAACACAAUUUAUUCUUUCGUAUUUCCCCCAAUGAUCCAAGAUGCAUGUAGAGAGAGUCUUUUAAGGGACUGGUUAGUACUGGUGAACGACAGUGCCAUGUCAAACAUGAGACAAAAAAUCACCCUGAAUUUUAAUGUUGGGUUAGUUGAAAUUAUUAACCAAAAUCUUAAGUCCUCUUGUGGGAACAACAGACCUCUAAAGCUUUGCCACAUCCCUCUGAAUCUGCAAUGAUUGAGACGACUCUAAAAAAAAUCUAAUUAAAAUAAUUUUAUGUGUCUGUGCUGAAAAUAAUGCAAAAAUUAUCCUUUUGUCCACAUGAAACACAUUUACAAUGUGGAGAAAAUACAAUUUGUCUUUCAUAUUUCCCCCAAUGAUCCAAGAUGAAUGUAGAGACAGUCUUUUAAGGGACAGGUGUGAACUGGUGAACGACAGUCAAACAUUAGAGAAAAAACACAUGAAUUCCAAUUUCAUAAUAGUUGUGGGAACAAUACUCCCUCUAAUUUAUAAAAUUAUAUAUCUAUAAAUCUAGAAUUGGAUGUAUAAUAAAUAAUGUAUAUUCAUUUAUUCUAAAUAAAUGAAAAAAAUUAAAAAACUUUUUUUUUUUAAAUAUUAAAUUAUAUAUCAUAAGAUAUAUAAUUUAAUAGAUAUUUAUAUACGUCCAGAGUAACAGCCGUAGACCGCAGUUUGCCGCCUGUCAGGUAGUCAGUAAUCCAGGGGAGCUGAACUCUGAGAGCAAACAGCCUGGUGACUGUAGCGUGCCGAGGGGCUCACGUGGAUCUGUGGCUGAAUCUGGAGCUGAGACGUGUUCAACGAGGACUCCUACGAGGCAGCAGAGCUGAUGCGCUGAUCAUUAAUGGCCGAGGCUGCUCACACCAAAGUGAGUGGCAGGAUUCUCCAGUCCAGUGAGCAGAGCUCCAUCAGCUGGUGGAGUUCAGUCAACACACCUGCUCUCAACAACCAGCAGUGUGCUCAAACAUCGGUUUCUCCUCCAUCCUGCACGAUGUUUUACACUCCAGAAGCAGUAAAUCAGGAUUACAUCACCUCUCUGUAGAAGGAAACUUUCCAAGUGUCCUUAUUUUGGAUUCUUGUGUCCUUCUCAGUUCCUUCCUGGUGUGUGUGCUGGACUGGAUCCUCUGGCUCUGUGCCAUCCUUUACUUAUAAUAAAAAUCAUUGAAACUU